UUGUGGGCUCGAGGAAGUAGUUGACUGAACAGAAUAUGCUCAACUUUUAUAUGACCCUUUUAACAUUAGGGUGUGGAAGUGGAAGAUUCUGCCUUUUACUGCUGCCUAAUUUUUCAUCUACCUUCUAUUCCUUAACCUUAAUAUCUUAGUUUCUUGUUGUUUCUUGCGUGUUGCUGGAAACAGUCUCUCUACCUUCUCAAGGCAGGGGUAAGGUCUAUGUACAGUCUCCCAUUCCCACACCCCACCUAUGGGAUUAAACUGGGUUUGUUGUUAUAGACCCUAUGUGAGUUUUGCCAUAUAUUGUUGGAUUCAACUUUAAUACAUUAAUUCGACACUGUCAAUGUAAUUUAAUUGGUUGGAAUGGUUUAGCAUACUUUCCUUGUUACAAAUCCACGCUUAUGAUGGAUGGGUACGUGUAGGCUAUGCAUAUAAAGAUUUCAGUUGCAGGGAUGGAUGUAAAAGUUUUGCGAGUUGGACUGGAACUAAUGAAGGAAACUCUUCCAUUACAAUCCGGAUCGAGACUAUAUGAACUUCAAGGGUUGAAUUCCAAUAAGUGGUAUGAAGUGAAGAUCUCAUAUCCUGCUUCUAUACCAGCUACUUUUACUCUACAACUAAGUAAAGGAAGUUCAGGGCUAAAUGUUGGUAGGAAGUUACUGAAUACUGAAAAGAUUAUUUUUCAGGGGAACAAUCUUCAAUUGCUUGGUGGCAAGGGUGGAACGUUUGUUCUGGUAAAUGUGGAGCCUGAGGGAAUUGUUUCAAUACCUGGGGUAAAGGAUAGGAGACACAUCAUAUAUAAUAUAGUAUGUGAUGAGUUACUAUUUGGCAUCCCUCACCAAGCAUGGUAUGUCGUAGUGUUGGUGGUAGUUUGCUUGGCAUUGGCACUUGUUAUCCCAUCAUUUCUUCCGUUAUAUCUUCUACCAAGGAAUCAAGGAUUAAAUACUGCUAAUCAUGGUAUUUCUAAGGAAUCUUGAUCACGUUCUGGUACUUUUCACCGGUGUAGUACAUUCGGCAAAGUGUAGCAGAUCAUAAAGCUCAAGUGUUAGAAGACUUUCUAACCGGUGUAAGAUAGUUUUGUUAAUUGCAAAUGAUUAAGAUAUGCAUUAUUACUCAAUGCAACUCUCACACCCUCCCUCACUUUAUUUACUCUUUUACCUUAUCUUGGCUGUAGACAUGGAGUUAGUUUGCUCUAUCAUUUUUCUUGAUUGAAUAAAGUAUUUGCUUGCAAAA